CUGCACCACUAGAGUCCAUCUCCUGACCUUCGAUGUCGUGAUAAGCGAGCGCAGCCACAUCAACCUUGAGCAGCCAGAUGCAGCCGCGUGUGGCAGCCUGGCACUGCCCCGAGCAUGCUCAGUCGGGUCCUGACCCACUUCUGCAGGUCCGAGCUCGGGGCAGGGGGUCGGGGGCGCUACUUUGUUCGUUUGUCAGGGACGGAGAGGAGGAGGAGAGAAACUGGGAGUUGCUUAAAGCCUCCUUCCUCCUUGACAGCAAUCCCUGACCCGGCGGCGGAACAUGCCCAGUCUGGCUGCAGGAGCCACCAGGAGCGUUAGUGUGUAAAAUCCACCUUUCCGGGUUUUGCAGCAACCGAAGGAGGAGAGGGAGGUACCAGAGUAAAAGGAUCGGAGUGGGCGUGGCCAAGGGGCGGGGUGAGAGGAGCUAGGGAGGAGGAGCCGGGUCCCGGUCCCCGAAAUUGACGGUCUCUCGCAAGUCUAAAAAAAAAAAAAUAGGCUGCUUACAUUGCAGGAUCGUGCACCCAAACUUCUGUUCUGCAGGUGUUUUUUAUAAGUUUAGAGUAAUCUAUCUUUCUUAUUAAAAAAGCAUCAUCUUGUUCAUUAGAGAAAACUUAGAAACCACAAAUAAUCGAAAAAGGAGAAAAUUUACGAAUCCCUGGAAACCCACCACUCAGAAGCUACCAGUGAACGUCCUGCUGCGUUUUCUUCCAGUCUCUUGUGUGCAGGCUUUAGAAUUGACAGCAGAGGUACCCGGAAAGGCCUGCGAAGCUUUUGAUUGCAAGGUGGCUCGACAGACGGCCUUGGAGAUAGGGUUCUUAAUCAAGAACCAACUCUAUGGAUCCAGGACAGGUUUGUCCCAUGGCCUGCUCUGAACAGCCAGUUGUCUGAUAGAAGAUUCCAUUGGCAAACCAUCUCUGUUGCCUUACAGAGCAAGCAAAGAAGAUGGAGCAAUUGAAGAGCCAUCUGCCUGUGUGCUUGCUACCUUCUGUGCCCUUUCUAAUCCUAACAUCCACUCUAGCGACUGCUAAGAGUGCGACUAACAGCACUUUAAAUGGCACUGACGUGGUCUUGGGCUCUGUGCCCGUAAUCAUUGCCAGAACUGACCAUAUCAUAGUCAAAGAAGGAAGCAGUGCCUUGAUUAAUUGUAGUGUUUAUGGCAUCCCUGAUCCACAGUUCAAGUGGUAUAAUUCCAUUGGCAAGCUGUUGAAAGAAGAGGAUGAGAAGGAGAGAGGAGGAGCAGGAAAAUGGCAGAUGCAUGACAGCGGCCUCCUGAACAUCACCAAGGUGUCUUUUUCAGACCGAGGUAAAUACACAUGUGUUGCUUCUAACAUCUAUGGCACUGUGAACAACACGGUGACCCUGAGAGUCAUCUUUACCUCUGGAGACAUGGGCGUCUACUACAUGGUCGUCUGCCUCGUGGCUUUCACCAUCGUCAUGAUUCUCAACAUCACCCGCCUGUGCAUGAUGAGCAGCCACCUGAAGAAGACCGAGAAAGCCAUCAAUGAGUUCUUUAGGACAGAAGGUGCAGAGAAGCUGCAAAAGGCAUUCGAGAUCGCCAAGCGGAUCCCCAUCAUCACCUCAGCCAAAACUCUAGAGCUUGCCAAAGUCACCCAGUUCAAAACCAUGGAGUUUGCCCGCUAUAUUGAAGAGCUCGCCAGAAGUGUGCCUCUGCCUCCUCUCAUUAUGAACUGCAGGACUAUCAUGGAGGAGAUUAUGGAAGUGGUUGGGCUGGAGGAGCAGGGGCAGAAUUUUGUGCGGCACACUCCAGAAGGCCAGGAGGCCCCCGACGGGGAUGAGGUUUACACGAUCCCAAACUCUCUGAAGAGAAGUGACUCCCCCACCGCCGACUCGGACGCCUCCUCGCUGCACGAGCAGCCUCAGCAGAUUGCCAUCAAGGUGUCCGUUCACCCACAGUCCAAAAAACAUCACAUGGGUGACCAAGAGGGUGUACAGUUUGGAGUCAAAGAUGAAGAGGAGACAGAACCAUCAGCUGAACGUUCCCCAGAAACUGCGGAACCUUCUACAGAUGUAACAUCCACGGAGCUAACGUCAGAAGAGCCUACGCCUGUUGAGGCAUCAGAUAGAGUCCUGCCACCAGCUCACCUGGGAGCUACAGAGCCAGCAGUGGCACAUGACAGAAACACCUGCAUUAUUUAUGAAAGCCAUGUCUAAUAUCAACUCCGAAAAGCUAUGCAUAUCAAGAAAAUCAGGGGCUGCUCCUUGUGGUACCGAUGUAGUACGCACUUGCCGCUAAGCCUUACCAGGACUCUCAUCCCUUAGGUAGGAGAGAUGCCAUGUCCAAAGGGGAAGCACUUGCGUGCAGUUGCUGUGACUGGAAUUACCCCAGUAGAAAAGGAUGCGGGAAACAUCAGGGUGCAGAAUUGAUACUGCUGGACAGAAAGUGUCUGUCCAUGUGAUACGAAUUUUAGAGGCUGUCCUCUGCCAAAUACCUUAAUUGGUGAUGUCCUUUUGGCAAUGAGUACACUACUGUAAGAUAUUCUGAGUU